AUGGCGUUUGGUGUGUUUUGCCUGGCUCAUUUCCAGAAAACUUUACUUUCAAGACAAAGCGAAGGUGAAACAGCGGGUUAUGGCAGAGCCGAUGUGGCGGAAUCGAAGUUCCAAGAGUGGACCGCGCUUUACACCGCCCAUAUGACUCAGAAGGCUAAGAAGUACCAUGAUGGCUUGGUGAGGCUUGUGCAAAUUGGUCCUCAAGUGAAGCAGAUUGCUUUGCUCGAUGAAGAUGCCCAAGUACUGUGCAGUAGGCAUCUCAAGUCAGGGGAAUCCGUUGAAAGUGGGAAGAAAUGCCAUUUUCCUAAUUAUCUGGUAGAUAUUUGUGAGGCCAAAAAUCAGAAUAAAGAGCAUACCUCAGAGGAAUCUAUGGUGCACACAAAACCAAUGAAUGGGAAGAGUACAAGUAACAAGAUGGGAAUGGGUGCAUUGAGUAAAUCUCAGAAAUUUAUUAGUCCACACAAAUUUCAUGAUCUUGAGAACACUGACUCAGAAGUCACUGCUAGCUCUGGCAAGCCAGAGAUUGACAAUGCUGAAGCAGUGUCUGCUGACCAACCAGGGAGCCUUAUCGAAGCAGAUUCAGAUUUCAAAGAAUGGAAUGCCUUGUAUACCACCCAACUAACUCAAAAGGCAAAGAAAUACCAUGAUGGCAUCAUAAGGCUCAUGCAAAGUGGCUCACACGCAAGGCAGAUUGUUUUGUUGGAUGAAUAUGGUGAAGAGCUUGGCAGCAGAUACCUCAAGUCAGUUGAAUCUGUUGAAAGUGGGAAGAGAUUCCAGAUGCCUAACUAUCUUAUUGAUGUCUGUGAGUUUAGAAAUCAGAAGAAUGAGCCUAGACACUCUUCGAAGGAGGCUUUGAGUCAGACAGGACUGAGAAAUGAAGAGAAUACAAGUGACAAACUGAGUGGAAAAAGUAAAUCACCAAAGUUUGUUAGUCCAUUUAAGUGCCAAGAUCUUCGGAAGAGUCACUGGGAAAGCACUACAAGCUCCAAAAGGCCACAGAUUGGCCCAACUUCCAGUAACUUGGAUGCUCCACCAAAUUUCAAUGAUCCUUGGAGUAAAUCAGACUACAAUGUCAAUAGAAGGGCUGACUGUAGUGAAUCAGCAUUUGGUAUCAUGGAUGAUCCUGAUGCUGAUGGGCUGCAAUUGCAUAUUUUUCAGUGA